AUGGAAAGUGAUGUUAUUCCAGAAGAACCUUCACUUUUUACCUUUGGAGAUAUUAAAAGACGUGUAAGGGAGAAGAAGAAUGGAGCUCUAAAAGUUGGAAAGCUGAAUACUUCUCUUGCAUCUAAAAUCAAAACUAAGAUAAUAAGCAACUCCUUACUUUUUAAGAUUUCUCUGAAACACAAUAAUAAGGCACUGGCCAUGGCCCUCAGCACAGAGAAAGAAAAAUCUCAGAAGCUAAAAAAUGAAAAGCUCUUAUUGCAGAAGGAAGUGGAUGAGCUGCAUUUACAGAACGUCCUACUUUGCCAAAAGUUAACUUGUCUGAAUAAAACUCUCAUAGAAAUAGAAGCAUUUUUGAAUAAUAACCUGUUAUCUGCAAUUGAAAUGAGCACUCUUUCAAAGCAUAUUAAAAAAAACCUGGCAUUGGAAGGAGAUCACUGCAACAGUUUGGGUCAUCAGCCUGAGAUUUCUGAUCAAUCAAUUAGAUCUAUCAGACAACAAAUGGGUGCGCCUCAGAUUGCAGAACAUGGUGGAAAACAGCAAGAUAAUAUAUCUGUUUGUGUCGCUGCUGCUGAUCUUGUAAAACACAUGUCUGUACUACCAAAGGAAACUGCAGUAGAUCAAAUCAUUAUGGAGUCAUUUGUGUCUGAUAAAAAUAAACCAAAAUCAAAUGAAAUAAAUAAAAUGGAAACAGGAUUUGGAAGAAAUACAUUUUCAAAAGAAAAUCAGUCAUGUGUGGAUCAUAUCUCUAGAAGUACCUUUAUGUUGGAUCUGGACAAUGUGUCUUCUAUACGAGAAUAUGAAAGAAAAUCAAAAUCAAAUAAUACUCCAUUUCCAAUCCAUGGUUAUGUGACUAAAAGAAAGAAACAAGGAACUUUCUGCACAUCAAAUGUGCAACCUACUAUCAACCAUUCUGAUACAAAAAUAGACCAAAAUAGCACAUUGCAUUGUGACACUGACAAAAUCCACACUACUAAUAAGAUAAGUAAUCAGAUAGGCCAAAAUGGUGUUUCAUGCACUAAAUCACUUAAUCCUAGCAAUGAGCCUGCUCACAUAGAUAAACUAUGUUUUAUACAUGAUAAAAAGCCAGAAGAAACUGUAUAUGAUGCAGACAUGGAAUUGACUGCUAGUGAGCUAGGUGAGAUACUCCUAAUUGAAUCAAAAGCCGAGAAUAAAAAUGCUAAAACAGUGAAAGCUGAUAAACUUUCAACAAAUUUGAGAAAAGUAAAAAAUCCAAGUACAGAAAAACAGCUUCAGGAUAAACAUAGCAAACCCCAAAAAAGUAAUGGAAAAGUUCAGAGUAAUGGAAAAGUUCAAAAUAUCAGUACUGAAUCUAAAAGUAUUCUCCCAACAGAAAAAGGAUUGUUUCAAAGGAGAGCUUAUCAGGAAAUGAAAUUGAAGGGCGCCAAUAAACUUGGAAAAGAUUUCAAGAACAGUAACAAGAAUGACAGACAGUUGCAUCCAGUAAGACUUGUACACCCAAAGCAUCAGCAGCAAACAAUUCAUGUUUCACAAACGGAAAAAAUGAAACAUACAAUUUGUGAAACAGUUCAGAAUUCAUACAACCAGGCUCCAGAACAAGAUGCCAGUGCAACUAGUAGUAAAGUAUCAUUAGAAGGUUAUUACUGUAUUGAAAACUUCCCACAAAGAGAAAGCCACAUCUCAGAUAGAAUGGUUUCAAAACCAGAUUUAGAUGGAAAUGAGACUAAUCCUGUUGCUUCCAAAGUAAACAAAUCAGAUUGCAAUGAAACAGAAAAUGGGAAGUAUUUGAAAGGUCUUCGACCAAAGAGAUGCAAAUCUGAUUGCCAAACUAUACGAGAUCAAAAGACCAAUAUAAAAAGCGCCUUUAACAAAAGAGGUGUUUCUUCCAGUUGCGGUGUAAUAGAGAGAUCUUCUCAUGCUUUAUACAUUCCCCAAACAGAUCAAAUUAAUAAAAAGUUUGCACAAGAGAAUAAAAGAAGAAUUUUUGCAAAAGCUAGUAGGAAGACAUAUAUUAUAUAUCCAAGCUCUCACAAAAAAAAUUCUGUAAAACAAGAAUUACAUGAUGAAAAUGCUGAUAUUAUCCAUGAGGGAACUGAAAAUAUACAAAGAAAUCUCAGUGUUCAGGAUGUUACAACUUCAUGUUGCCUAAAGAAGGAGGCUGAAUUUUGUAGUGAACCAUUCAAAAAAAGGGAAAGCAGAAAGACCUAUGUUGUUUGUUCCCAUGAUCAAGAUAAAGGCAUUGGUAACAAUACUGAAACAGCCAUUGAGUUUCAUACAAUUCCAAAAAACAUUCCAGUUCUGAAAAACCCUGAAACAUUACACUUGUCAAGAAUUUAUCAAGAAAAAAAUUGCUAUGCUUCUACAGGGAAGGUGAACAUUAUUUGUGAAGAGUCUUGCAAUAGAAUACCAGAAUCAGACUUCGGAAGUAAGCCUCUUCAAGAACUGACAAAUAUCAGUGUACAUUCCCUUCCUAAACUCAAGAAAGAUCUAGAAGAAAAUUCCACACCACCUGUUAGACGCAGGACAGCUACAGUUUGCUAUAAAGAACCCAAAAUCAAUAGCAAACUGAGGAGAGGAGAUGAGUUCACAGAUACAGAGUUUCUUGAUGCUCCAGUCUUCAAAGUAAGAAAUAAGCGAAGCUUUAAAAGUAAAUCAAGAUUAAUCUAA